ACUGCGCUUCCGUUGCCCAUGACACCGGAGCGAAGUUCUGACAGAUGAUUCUCCAAUCAGUUUAUAUCCACUCCGAGCCCCCGAAAUAAUCACUUUAGAAGUUAUUUACAGUCCGACGCGCCUCCCAUAACCUCCGGCUGGGGUUUGCAGACAGCGCGUUGAACAGAGGAGGGCGGCUGAUUAUGGUGUAGCACGGAGCGCGAGCUCUGAGAAAGCAGCGCGGGGGGUGGAGGGGUGCGGUGCCGGGCAGACUGAGGCGGACCACAGCAGCGCAGCCAUGCUUACGUUGGCCAGUAAGCUGAAGAGAGACGAUGGGGGAAAGACGGUCCGCGCCUCCGGAGCCUCCGACUCCACCCACAGGAUCUCCAUCAGGGACCGCCUCCUUACCAAAGAAGUUGCAGAACUUGAAGCCAAUCUCCCUAGUACGUGCAAAGUCAGUUUCCCAGAUGAGGACAAGCUGCAUCAUUUUCAGCUGGCAGUGUCUCCUGAUGAGGGUUACUACCACAGUGGAAGGUUUCAGUUUGAAAUAGACGUCCCCGAAGCCUAUAACAUGGUGCCUCCUAAAGUGAGAUGUCUGACCAGAAUAUGGCAUCCUAACAUCACAGAGACUGGAGAGAUCUGCUUGAGCUUAUUGCGGGAACACUCUAUUGAUGGCACAGGCUGGGCCCCUACUAGAACUUUAAAGGAUGUUGUCUGGGGCUUGAACUCCUUGUUUACUGACCUGUUGAACUUUGAUGACCCUUUGAACAUCGAUGCAGCGGAACAUCAUCUGAGAGACAAGAGAAAUGGUGCCGAGCCAAAAUGCACACCGACUCUUUGCGAGGUGGCAGACGAUGCAGACGAAUGGAUUUCCUGGACCGACUUGGCUCACUGCAUCGCGAAUACAAAUUGUGACGGAGAGCAAACGCAAAUUAGCAGGCGGUGCUGGAUCCAAUUGAAAGAAAGUCGUGAUGUGAGGCGCUCAAUCAACGGCAUUAUUCAACUCUUGAGUGUGGAGCGGAAGGCUUUGACAUCUGCUGCAGACCCUGGUGGACCACACUGGAGUUCACUUCCCCCUCGCUUAUUUAUCCACUUUUUUUUUUUAGCACAUUUUAGAGUAACCGUUUGUACUCGCAGGGUUUCAUUUGCAUGCCCUCCCCCUCAGAUGGUGAUACAUAUUUUUGAGUACCUGCACAGAUCUCUGGAGGAGAGGAGAAUGAAUUCUCUCGCCUUCUGCGGGGAAGAAAUGGAGCCAAAGAACAGAAAAAAGCCCCAACAGUGUGCACGUGACUACCCGCCGGAGCUGUGGCGUAAAUCAGUGCGUCGAAGUCAGUGUGGGACAGCGGGGGCACGUCACGUUAUGACCCGGACCCCCAGCGCUGGCGAAAGGAGUGACGGGGCUAAUGAGUUAAGACGGGCCUAGAGAGGGAGGAGGGGUGAGGCUGAGGAAGGAGGAGGCAAACAUAGAAACUAAAUGCGGCACACUAUUAGUUUAGCCACAAAUGAACUGGGUAAAAAACUGGGUAUUAAAGUGUACCGUUCUGAAGAGUAAACAGAGAUGUGAGAGGCUCUCAUUGGAAAUCUGAGUGGACAAAGUGCUGAAUCGGCUGAUCAGAGCCAGCAAUGUGAAUCGUUUCAGCACUCUUUGCAUGGAAGUCAUAUAUUACUCACCUCUACGGGUAACAUUGAUGCUGCCGAAGCAAUACCAACUGCAUCUUCAUUAGUCCGUGAAAAGAAUGCCGCAGACAGCGUGCAACCAAUUACGACAGUUCUUCUACUGUGCGAUGUGUCAACCCACAGUGCAGUUAGUGAGAAUAAAGGAAAUCCUUUCGGAAGAGGAAGCUGCCGCAGCUCAAAUUUAAUAACAGCCUUUGACCAAAUCAAUGGCAUCUUUGUGUGUGUGUGUGUCUGUGUGUGUGUUUUGUAAACAUUCCGGCUGAUAGUUUGCAGGAAAUAUGUAAAGGGUGUAGAGACACAAGCAAACCGAGUUAAAACCAGCGGCGGAAGAAGAAACACACGAAGGGCUCAAAACGACAGACAGAGCCGAGGAAGCGAGAGAGGGCUGCCAGGAGAGGAAGAAGAGGUCACGCGGUGCUCGAUUAGGCCAGAAAUAACCACGAGGGAUGGAAAGAAGCCAAGUACGACCAGGAGGGGCAUGAUUAAGAGGAGAGGAAACCAUAGGAAAGGGGUGGAGAGGGUCAGACACGACCAGAAGGAGAAAGUCAACUCGGAUGACAAAAUAUCAUAAAUGAGAUGCAAUGUGGUUCCACAGAUGAGAUGUGUUAAAAAAUGCAAUUAAAAUAAAAACCAUAGUCAAAUCUGCAUGUAUAAAAAAUGCUACCAAGACCAAAAAGCUUUAUAUUAAAAUAUUGUAUCAUUAUAUUCGUAUUUCCAGUCUUGACCCUCUACAAAUGUUAAACAUCUGGUUCCUCCAUCUAACUCUUGUACUCUCUCUCCAAUCCAGGAGGAUUUUCGGAAAAAGGUUCAAGAUUACGUCAAACACUACGCCAGAUGAUAGAAGCUGCUCCACGUUGCCUCUGCUCAUCUUGGCCGACUCCCCCGUCCCACACGUGUGAAUCAACAGCUGACUCUUUGACUCCCCCCCUGCUGCCCUGCUGUUGACAAGAUUGCAAUAAACUCUACAUUGCAAGAAUGAAUUAAUAAUAAUAGUAAUUUAAAAAAAAUAGAAAGAAAAAAAAUACGGAAACUAUGCGUUUUUAGUAAAGAAAGAAAAUGACGCUUUGAUGAUCCCGAUAGAUUGAGUGUUACCACGACCGCGAUGUCCGUUCAUUGCGACGAGACCGCUGAAGGACGCCGCCUCCCCGAGGAGUCAGAGACGAGCCACGGAAACGACCGGCAAGGGACGUGGUGAUCCACCAGUGCGCAAAGAAAAAGAAAUUAAAAAAAAAAGAAAGAAAGGAAGUUGGGUUCAGCUAUUUAAGGAAAAAGAAGAAGACAAAUCGAGAGAAAGAAUAUGUGUUGCUGUCAGUUCUCUGUUCCAGUGCCUGCUCUGUUUGUGUCACUAAAGAGGAAAUGCAUGUGAGUUCAGUCACAUAAACCCCCUGUAGUAAAAGGUAAACACACAGGCCUCCAGCUCCACUAGACAGCAUGUGAAUGACCACAUUGCCCCUUCUGUCAUCCUCCUUGCAUGUGCGCACACUCGCACACACACACACACACACACCACUCGCAUUAACACACUUUCUGUUUAUCGUUUUCAGCUCCUGUGGUCUUAAAGCGAGACGACUAAAACCAAAUGUAUCGUCCUGUGUUCAGCGUCGCCUCUCCUCGCUGCCCUUUUGUUGCCUUUCGUCCCUCUUGUUUCUCUCACACACACACACACACACACACACACCUCUUAUCGUUGAGGAUGGAGAGGUUCAUUCAUAUUACAGUGCAAUCAGGAAGUACUAGGACAUUGACACUUUUUUGGUGUGUGGUCACUUCACAGUGGGUUUAAGGCGAAACAAUGACUAUGAGUUUAAAGUCCUGAUUCGGGUUAAACAUUUUUUUUAAUCCAUAAUAAAUAAAUUGUACCCAUUUUUUUAUGUC